GAGGGAGAGAAAUGGGGAACCCUGGUGGGACUAAUAAGAAAAACAGCUCUGAAAGCAGGAAAGAAAAGGUGUUUUCAAAGGCCAUUUUAGCUCCCCAAGGCCUAAGUGUAAGCAAUUACGGCAGUUUGGCAGCCUAGAGAAAAAAAUGGCAUUUCUUUUCUUUCUUUCUUUCUUUUUUUUUUUUUAAACCGAGUAGGCCAAGGCCCUCUACAGAGUGACCAUCUUUCAUUUUUGUCCCAGAGGCCUUCGGGGCACUGUGAUAAGGGAGGUGAGAUGACAUGCUUCGCCCCACCCCCAACUACAAAGGAAGCCCAUCAGAUAUCACCUCCCAAUCAAAGCCGGCCAUUUCUAGGAAAGCGAGACAAAGUAAACUAAAUGCCCUUCCCCUAGCAGGAAGAUUAUGGGGGAGGCUUUGGCAGGCUUGCUCCUCCCAAAGGCUAAAGUUAUUUGGGAAGGGGGAGGGGAUAGAAGUGGGACCUGGGGGUAAGAAACAUCUCUUUUAUUACCAUCCCACUUGCUUCCUUUUUUCCAAUUGUCUCUUCGCCAGCUCCCAUGGAAUGAAACUAGUGAGACCUGGUAGGCUGAGGUGGUGAGAAAGACCCCAAAGGAUGGAAGAACAAGGGGCCUGACAUCAUGAAGAUAUCGUGGGGAACCCAGACUGUGCUGAGUUUCUGAUAUUUCUUAAUUUAAAAUGGUGAUCUGUUGCCUGAGUCUCCAGCUAGUCCUCACGGCCAGUACCAUCAAGAAGCCAAACCUGGGCUCCGCCCCCCCAAGAAAGAAGAUGGGACCCAAACCCGAACUCACAGAGGAACAGAAACAAGAAAUUAGAGAGGCAUUUGAUCUCUUUGAUACAGAUGGAACCGGGACAAUAGAUGUUAAGGAGCUCAAGGUGGCCAUGAGAGCUCUGGGCUUCGAACCCAAGAAAGAAGAGAUUAAAAAAAUGAUAUCAGACAUUGACAAGGAGGGGACGGGGAAAAUCAGUUUCAAUGACUUUUUGGCUGUGAUGACUCAAAAAAUGGCUGAAAAGGAUACCAGAGAAGAAAUUCUGAAGGCUUUCAGACUCUUCGAUGAUGAUGAAACCGGAAAAAUCUCCUUCAAGAACUUAAAGCGUGUGGCCAGAGAGCUAGGGGAAAACCUCACUGAUGAGGAACUGCAGGAAAUGAUUGACGAAGCUGAUCGAGAUGGUGACGGAGAAGUCAAUGAACAGGAGUUCCUGCGGAUUAUGAAAAAGACCAGUCUGUAUUGAGAUCACAGUAUCUCUUCCCCUAUUGCAGGCACAUGCAAAUAGAUGUACCCGUUAUGAAGGUUCCUUGUUUUCCUUUUUUGAGGUGUCACUCUAUAAAGUACAUAGAGACUGAUUUUCCCCCUCCACUAAUUAAGCUAGAUAAUCCUAUUGGCAAAUACCCGAUUCAGUCAAAUCUUUUCUAAAGAAUUUUAAAAUCGUAAUUCUAGCUAAAACACCUUGUUGAUGGAUUUUCCAAUUGAGAACCCACUAGGCUUAAGGAUGGGGGCCUAAAAGUCCUCUCCCCCCCACCCUUUUGCUUGGUAUCUCUUCUUUCAUUCAUUUAUUACACCAAAUCCCAGAGCAAAAUUGAAAUGUCAUGGCCACCAAAGUGGGAACAAAGAAUAUCUCCUUUAAGGUGCUGGUUCCCUUUAUCACCUUGCUUCAUCAUCUCUUUCCCCCUGCCAUGCUCAGGUGUAUGAUACAGCAGGAUCAUGUGAUUGGCUUGUAGGCCACCAUUCCAGGCCAUUUUCCCCCUCCCUCUUCCAUUCACCCCUUUGAUUUUCAUUGACUUAGCUCUUUUAAGAAGAAACUAGCUUACCAACUUCUUUGUUGUGUCUGGAAAUACACCGACAUACCUGUUGUCUCGUGGAGGGCUUGGACUGUUCCAUGGCAUCACCCUCUCCAGUCAUCUCUGGGGUAGCUGCAUCUAGCUCAUCCACUUUGUGUCAUCCUGGCAAAUGCUCUUUCCUUUUCCCAGGCCAGGCCACCAAAUGAAAAAAGCUAAAUGUAAUGUUAGCCUAAGAAAAUCAUAAAUAGCAUAGGUUGGCUUAAUACUAAUGUUUAAAAAAAAAUCACACAGAUAAGCAUUUCCUUAGUUCAUAAGCUUUAAGGGCUUAGUUGCUUUGAAAAUUGGGGUGGGUGGGGUGGGUCGUGUUUCAAGUAUUUAGCAAAGCCGUUUUCCCUUUUCCCUGCUUGGACAGAAGGGAACUGGCUGUUGUUGUCUUCAUUAGAAAUCUAAUGUAACCGUGGCCAUUUUCUACUGAUUUUGUCACAAGUUCCUCUUUACUGGUUAGCUCCAAGAACCUUUGGUUCUUAUUAGUCCGUGAAUCGCUCCUCGGAUGUAUGGACACCGACCGGCGAGUGUCCCACCUGGAUAGUUUUGACACACUGCUUUGUAACUCCCAGUGGUCUGUUCUGUGUUGAUGCUAUUUAUUUUCUCGUUGUGAAUAAAGUCUUUCUUGUUUUAAAA